AUGUCGACUACCGUGACCCAGACACAAGAGCCUAUUGAGCUCACAUCUCUAGGCGGGUGUCAUGUCCGUGAUGGAAAGGAUGCUUUGGAGGAGCAACCUCGUGUAGUGCCUGAUGAUGUACCGCCUCCGUAUGCGCAGGGUGAAGCACAGAGAUGGAAUUACCCAAGAGGGAACAUGAUGAAGCUUGGCUUUGCGUUUCUUUCAUUUAUCAUUGCCGGUAUGAAUGAUGCAGCCGUUGGUGCUUUAAUCCCAUACCUAGAAAAAUACUAUGAUCUAAGCUACACCAUCAUAUCCCUCAUUUUCCUCACGCCCUUUGCCGGCUACUCCGUCGCAGCCUUCACCAAUGCCACCAUCCACAUGAAAUUCGGUCAACGGGGCGUCGCAAUAAUGGCUCCUAUCUGCCACCUCAUCACCUUUGUCGCUCUAGCACUGCACCCCCCGUACCCCGUACUUGUCGUGUGCAACAUCUUUAGCGGAUUCGGAAACGGUCUCACGGAUGCUUGUUUCUGCGCGUGGGUGGGAGGUAUGGACAAGGCAAAUACGGUGCAGGGGUUUCUACAUGCUUCUUAUUCGCUUGGGGCGUUGUUUGCACCACUUAUAGCAACGUCGAUGGUUGUUUCGGCUGGUUUGCCUUGGUAUACUUAUUAUUAUCUCAUGAUUGGGAUCACGGUUGUUGAAUUGGUUGGUCUCACUGCUGCUUUCUGGCGUAUGACUGGUGCCGUCUACCGUGUUGAGCAUGCCAGUAACUCAGAGGGUACUGGUGCUGGAACGAGAGAAGCUCUCAAGUCCAAGGUUACAUGGCUUUGCGCUUUGUUCUUCUUUGCAUACAUGGGAGUCGAAGUCGGUCUUGGAGGCUGGGUCGUCACUUUCAUGCUUCGUGUGCGAAAGGCCUCAGCAUACGCUUCUGGAGCAUCUGGUACAGGCUUCUGGGCAGGAAUGGCUCUUGGUCGAGCAACACUGGGCUUCGUAACAGAACGCUUCGGCGAGCGCUUAUGUCUUUCGAUAUACCUCGCCAUCUGCAUCGGACUCCAACUGCUGUUCUGGUUGGUACCGAAAUUCAUCGUCUCAGCUAUAGCAGUAGCUUUUCUGGGAUUCUUCCUAGGACCUUUGUUUCCCGGGGCAGUCAUGGUAACUGCGAAGCUUCUGCCGGCCAAGAUCCAUGUUUCCUCAAUUGGGUUUGCAAUGGCCAUCGGUGGUACAGGAGGAACUGUGUUUCCGUUCGCCAUUGGAGCGAUUGCGAAUACCAAGGGUGUUGGUGUGCUACAGCCUAUCAUUCUUGCAUUGAUUGCUGUUGUUGCAGGUGUUUGGUUGAGUUUUCCGAGAAUUCAAAAGAGGGAUUAG